AUGUCCAGUGCCGGGGGAGUGCGUUCCGCGCUGCACUCCCUUCCGUCUUAUUACGGGGCGAACGUAGCAAUGAAGGCUGCGGUACCCGCCUUUCUGCUCCUGAUCGCCUGGCUGCUUGCGCAGCCUUUUUACGUCAACAGCGAUAUUUCGGCGAUGAUCCCGGACAGUGCGAUCAGCGAAGGGUCAUCCCGCGGGCUCGUCCUGGCUGAAGUGCGCCGUGCUGCGCGCGGUCUCGACAAUGCUGUUGCCUCCGAUGUCAUAACGGAAGAUUUCGCCCGCAACGCGCGCGCAGACUUCAACGACGUCACCGCGCGCCUCAAGGAAGCCGGCCAGAUCGUUACUUCCGACAUCACACAGCCCGUCUUGCGUGCUGCGCAGCGCUAUCGGGUUCUGGCCGCUGCAGGCAAUUUCUAUAUGACAAUUGCCGUAAUCCUGGUUGCAAUUGUCGGCGCUCUUUGGGCUCUCAGGGAAACCAAUGCACAGUUCAGAGCGCGGAACACCGUUGAAAAAGGCGUGCAGGCAAUUCUGAUUGCGGCGGCGUCCAUAGCGAUCCUGACAACCGUCGGUAUCGUUUUAUCGCUUGUGUUCAACACCAUAGAAUUCUUCAAGCUUUACCCUGCCGCUGACUUCUUCUUCGGAUUGACAUGGUCCCCAAGCUUCUCCGGUCGCGGCGGAUCUUCCGAGCUCGGCAUUAUUCCGCUUCUUUGGGGUACAUUCUACAUCUCGUUUGUGGCUCUUGCGGUGGCUGUACCGAUCGGGCUGUUCGCCGCGAUUUACCUGUCCGAAUAUGCGGGCCCCAAGGUACGCGCUGUCGCAAAGCCGCUGCUGGAGAUCCUUGCAGGUAUCCCGACCAUCGUAUACGGCCUGUUCGCCCUGCUGACUGUAGGUCCGCUUCUCAUGUCGGUGUUCGGCGACAAUGGCUUCGGUAUCAUGAAAGCCGGAACGGCGGUGAUGACAGCCGGUCUGGUCAUGGGCAUCAUGUUGAUCCCGUUCGUGAGUUCGUUGUCGGACGACAUCAUCAACGCGGUUCCGCAGGCUAUGCGCGACGGAUCAUACGGUCUCGGCGCAACGAAAUCGGAAACGGUCAAAAAGGUCGUGCUGCCGGCAGCCCUGCCGGGCAUUGUCGGAGCCAUCCUGCUGGCGGCCUCGCGCGCGAUUGGUGAAACCAUGAUUGUGGUUCUCGGAGCAGGGGCGGCAGCGCGGCUGAGCCUCAAUCCCUUUGAAGCAAUGACCACUGUGACAGCCAAGAUUGUCAGUCAGCUGACUGGUGAUGCGGAUUUUGCUUCUCCAGUCGCGCUUGUGGCGUUCGCCCUUGGCAUGACCCUUUUUAUCGUAACUCUUGGCCUAAACAUUUUCGCGCUCUACAUCGUGCGCAAAUACCGGGAGCAGUAUGACUGA